AUGUACGCGACGUCGACUGCGUCUACGACGACGUCGGGUUCAGGUCGCGCGGUUGGCGCAGUGGCUGGCGAUCGGCGCGUGCGCGCUGUGCGCCUGGUGCGCCCGCGCAGAGCUGCCCCAGCCUUCGGUUUCGCGAUCAGAGGUGGCAAAGAACACGCGACUGGUUUCUUCAUAUCCAAAGUUGAUUUUAACUCUGAAGCCCACGUUCAAGGAUUGAAGGUGGGAGAUCAGCUAGUGAGUGUGAAUGGCUAUCGAGUGGACGAUGCGGUGCACGGUGAGCUGGUGCACUACCUCGCUGCACAGUCACGACUCAAGAUCAAAGUUAGACAUGUGGGGAUGUUACCUGUCAAAGACAAGCCGCAUGAGCCAUUGUCAUGGCAGUUCGUGUCGGAGCGAGCGUCGCUGAGCUCCGACGUGUCGUCCUCACCGACCCUGUGUCACGACAACGAGAGACUGACGGACAUGAGGCUGUCUAUACUCGUGCCCCCCAGAGCUAAGCUUGGCUGCGGAAUCUGCAAAGGUCCGGAGUGGAAGCCGGGUAUAUUUGUGCAAUUCGUGCGGGAAGGCGGUAUCGCGCGUGAGGCAGGCCUGCGACCGGGCGAUCAGAUCUUAUCAUGUAACGCCCUGGAUUUCUCCAACGUUUCCUUCAACGAGGCAAUAUCAGCUAUGAAAGCGACGGGCCGUCUAGAGCUAGUUAUCCGGGAAGGUGCUGGUACAGACCUGGUGUCUCCAGAGAGCUCUGGCUACAAUAGUUCUGCUUCAUCAGCUGCUGGAGAGCGGAGCCCUGCACCUAUUGUGCCGCACGUACCUUUAGCCCCGCCUGCAGCACUGUGCAGGCGCCUCGCGAGCGUCGCUGAAGAGGCUGCUGACCGCGCUGACAGAUUAACCAUGAACAGACUGAAAAGAAGAACAUGGGACAGUUUAGAUUUUGAAUGGAAAAACGGUGACAUCCAUAACUUUGAUGCGGACGCCCCUUCUGACAUAGAACCUGACUACGAUAGUCCUAGCAUACCAAACAAUCCUCAUACGUAUGAAAAUAAGAGUAAUCAACGAAGCAAAUCUAAGAAGGAAUAUGUUACUAGCCCGUCAAAUAGGACAAUAAUCAAUUUGACUGAAGAUGGGACCAUGAUACAGUGUAGUUACGAUAACCAGACGCCUAGGAAAAAUGCUUUUACAGCGAACCAUACGAAUCGAGACAACGAAAAGAAAACAAUAGUCGUGGAAGUACACCACACUAGUACAACGACUUGCGGGAAGAAUGCGUGUAACUAUCCACCCCCUUUGAAAAACGAUUGUAAUUUGGAUUCAGUAAGUUUGUCUAGUUCAGCUACGUUAUCAAGUGCCAUUGCCGAAGAGAUACAGCGACGUAAGAUGAAUAAGAAGAAAACAAAUUCUGAGUCAAACGCACCACCACCGCCGGCAAAAAAGCCACCUCCGCCAAAGCCAACGGAUGAGAAGAAAAAACAGCAUGAUGCAUUAAUGGACGAAUUUAAAAAAGUGCACAGGAAAAUGUUUGCUAGCAUAGACAACGGUGAAAAAACCACAGACACACAAAACAACGAAGCAGAGCCAUUGGAUCGUCAGCAGACCCUGCCUUUGAGGAAGGCAGAGCCAGCACCAGAGGUGACCAAUAACAACCAUGUACCAUCAAAGAAGGAAGCUAUGGACAAUCCUCCACCUCCACCGCCUAUGCCGACUACAAAUGGUACGAAUGGUCACCAAAAUGGAAUGAAUGGUCAUCAAAAUGGAACAAAUGGAAUCCACAAGGUUAUAGAGAACCAAAAACCCAUUCCCAAAACGAUAACGUCUGAACUUCUAUCGAAUCCAAAUUUUAGAAAAAAUGGCACACUCACUAGAACUCCCACUCCAGAUUAUAUUAAGAAAACAGAGCCACCAGCGCCACAAAUAAAAAAUAUGAAAGACGAAAAGGCUGAUAUGGAGUCACUAGAAUCUUAUAAGUUAAAGAAUCCUUCGAAUGUACUGCCUAAGCCACCGUCAAAUUAUUUUGUUAAAGCUCCGAAUGGUACAGCAACGAUGAAGAAGCACGCUCGUCCCGUGUCGGUAACAAUCGGAGAAUAUGCAUAUGGAGGUGCAACUAGACGGGAACCUACAAAACUGGACUUCCUUAAUGGAGUAGACAAAACAGAUGGACUUCACAAUGGAGACGAAGAAACCUCUAUAUCCAAUAGGUUACAAUCAGAACUGGCUAUGACGCUAUCUAGAUCGAAUUUACGUAAGAAGACUGAAGCACUGGAUCAAGAAAAUAUCUAUAGAAGUCCUAAUGUUACCGAAGAUUGUGGUUGUUCCGUAGAUAAAAUCUUUCAUGCUAGAUAUGGGCAUAAUCUUUUGCCUUUACCGCCUUGUAUAUCAAUACCGAAAGUCUCCGUUACAAAGCUCAAAUAG